GGAAGAAGAAGACGAAGAUGAAGUGCUUUCACUUCACCAAUGGCGAGAAGAGAGGAGAAGGAGAUGAAGGAGAAACCAGCGUCGUCUCGCGAGCUUCGAGGAUCUCCUGGGCUCGGUCCUUAAGCGUUGCGUCGUCGACGGCUUCCGACCCGACUCGCCGGUCCGAGUUUGACUCGGAUUGGAGUUUCUCCCCGGAGCGCUUUGGUUACCCUAAGCCACUGAGUCAACGUUGGAUCGGUGGAGUCGCCGCAGAGAACGAUCUAAAGGUAUUCACCUUCGGUGAGCUGAAAUUAGCUACGAAAGGCUUCAAUAGAGCUCUUCUGAUCGGCGAAGGAGGCUUCGGUUGCGUUUAUAGAGGCGUCGUCGAUGGUUUCGACUCUAAGAUUGAUGUCGCCGUGAAACAGCUUAAUCGUCAAGAAACGUUCUGGUUUGUGACUGAUUUUCGCAUUCAGGGGCAUAAAGAAUGGAUCAAUGAGGUGAAUUUUCUAGGAGUAGUGAAUCAUCCGAAUCUUGUGAAGCUUGUUGGUUAUUGCGCUGAUGACGACGAGAGAGGGAUGCAGCGUCUUCUGGUUUAUGAGCUUAUGUGCAAUAAAAGCUUAGAGGAUCAUCUUGUAGGCAGAGUAGUUUCUGUAUCUCUUCCAUGGAUAACGAGGUUGAAGAUUGCUCAAGACGCUGCUCAAGGCUUGGCUUAUCUUCAUGAAGAAAUGGAUUUUCAGUUGAUUUUCCGGGACUUCAAGUCUUCAAACAUCUUGCUUGAUGAGAGAUUCGGUGCUAAGCUCUCGGAUUUCGGAUUAGCUAGGCAAGGACCUCCUGAAGGACUUGGUCAUGUCUCAACUUCAGUUGUAGGUACGGUUGGUUAUGCGGCUCCUGAGUAUGUACAAACAGGGAAACUGACAGCGAAGAGCGAUGUUUGGAGCUUCGGUGUAGUGUUGUAUGAACUGAUCACAGGAAGACGAGCACUCGACAGAAACCUACCUCGAGGGGAGCAGAAGCUUCUCGAAUGGGUGAAACCUUAUGUAUCAGACUCGAAGAAGUUCCAUUUGAUCGUGGAUCCACGGCUCCAAGAGGAGUACUACUGUGUGAAGUCUGUUCAGAGAGUAGCUGCUUUAGCAAACAAAUGUCUAUUGAAGCAACCAAAGUCUCGGCCUAGAAUGAGCGAAGUGGUUUCACUUCUCGGAAGCAUCAUCGAGGAAGAGAGGGAGAACGCUCCUACGCCGCCGCCGCUUGGUGUGGAAACAGAGGAGAUCAUUGAAAAUGGAGAGAGCGAGCCUGAGAUGACGAAGCAAGGGAGUAAUUAUCUGAAGAAAGUUCUUGAUCUCAGGGAUAAGAUGAGCUUGAACAAGUCCCUUUCGAAGCUAGACUGGCGAAACUGGACUCCGGGU